UGAAGCCAUACCCUCAAACCAUAUUCGCACCCGACCAGAGCUCGCCGGUCAUCUCUCCACUUCGCCGGCCACCGCCCCCGCUCGAUCCCAACCAACGCAUCCGCUGCCCCUCCACCCAAGCAGAGAGGCGGACGCACGCGCGCGGUGGUGGAUGCCGGACACCUCCCCUAAGCCCUAACCUCCCCGGUCCCCACUUCGCCGGCCACCGCCCCCGCACGAGCUCCACGGUGCACGCCCGCCUCCUCUCCACUUGUCUGCUGCCGUCGCUCGCCGUCUCUGUUUCCUGCCGAUCUGACUUCACCGUCGACUACAGGCCCACACAUGGCGGCCAGACGCAACAUUCCUUAUUCUGCUCUUCCUACGGAGGACAGGGAUGAAGACAAUGUUGACCGUCGGUUUACAUACACUCCAAAAUCCUUGAGGAGGAUCCCAUGGAAGUCGAUUGCCCUAGCAUUGUUCCUUCUCCUCCUGGGAAGCUCUCUUCUGUUCCUUUCAUAUUUUAUAUCCACAGGUCACAUGGAGGGUGAUAGCUCUCAGGUGUAUGGCCUAUUGUUUCUGGGUAUCCUUGCCUUUCUUCCUGGAUUUUAUGAGACCCGAGUCGCAUACUAUUCAUGGAGAGGGGCGCCAGGAUACACCUUUGCGUCCAUUCCAGAUUAUUAGCCUUGGAUUUCAACUUAUCUAGUGGCCAGUAAAGAUAAUGAACAACAAGAACAAAAGUAUGAAACUUUCAUCGAGAAUGGAAUGAGCAUGUAUCGUUAUGUCAGUACUGCAAAUAGUUGACAUGUAUGUGAAGCCGCCUUCUGUUGACUGUGUUGUCACAUAAAGAUGUUGUUUCGUCAGGCAAGCAAGACACGUGCUGCAGAGCUAUAGCUGCUCUCUUGUGCUUUGCUUGCUUCUUCAUAGCUACGUAGAUUGGUGUUUUGGAGUUUCUUAAGAUAUGAUUAUAGCAUGUCAUAAUCUACAAAUACGAGUAUAUUCUUAGGGCUUUGUUCUGUUUUGCUUGCUGAAGAAACUCUAUAUCAACCCUUACUUCAUAUGUGGUUUCUGUCAA